AUGUCAAGUUUGGAAUACUGUGAAGCAAUCGCAACAGGUAGGAGUUCUUCUUGGAAAAACGUCCACAACUGUGAAUUAUGCUCCUACUUUACACUAUCAUUCUUUCUUAUGACGAACCACAUGAGGCGACAUCGUUCUUGUCUGGAAAAAUUUUCGUGCGAAAACACUAAAAUUGAAGUGUAUUACUGUAAGGAUUGUGAUUUUAAAACAGAACUAACGAUUUUGUUCAAACAACACAUUAAUGAAGAUCACGGCCUUAAGAGAAAAUUUAGAAAGGAUUUAUCAAGUGAAGACUUCUGCAUACGAAGCUACCUUUGCGAAAAAUGCAACUUCGAAACAAAUUUCUCAUUAAAGUGGUUUGAGCAUACUUCAGUAUGCACGGGGACGAAAGAAAAUCUUCAAAAUGUGAGUUUUGUGAAAGAGAAUGUGAUAUACAGUUUUGAUUCCGAGCAAACUGACAAAACACGUUGGUAUUACUGCACCGAAUGUUCCUACAAAAGCAAAGUCAAACGUAAUUUCAAACGUCAUGUUAUAAGAAAUCAUAAUUCGAAUAAGCGAUAUGCAUGUGACAAGUGUCCGUAUAAAACUAAAGAUAAAUCAAAUUUGAAAAGGCACAUAAAUCUGCGCCAUGUAGAUGAACAAAAAGUUGAAUGGCACAAUUGCCAAAAUUGUCCAUUCAAGACCAAAUUAAAAAGUAGCUUAUUUAGACACAUAAAGAACUUACACUUGAACAACAAAAACGUCAGGUGGUAUGAAUGCAAUGAGUGUUCUUUCAAAACUAAGCGUAAAGAAAACUUAAACAUACACGUAACUGUAAAACAUCUAGACGAAGAAAAAAUUAAGUGGCACAAAUGUGAAAAUUGUUCAUACAAAUGUAAUCAUGCAUCGAGUUUAAAACGUCAUGUCAUUCAUCAACAUUUGAAGGAAGGAGAAGUUAAGUGGUACGAAUGUAACGAUUGUUCAUACAAAAGUAAAAUGAAAGAAGAUUUAAAAAAGCAUGGAACUGUCCAUUUGGAGAUCAAACCGUAUCAGUGCGAUUAUUGUCCAUUUAAGACAAAACACCCGCAUAGUUUAAAGCGUCAUAUAAAUAACCACCAUUACGAUAGAAUUGAAGCUAAGUAG